GCCGAGGAGAGGAGCGGCGCGGACCGUGGGGGAGGCGGCGGGGGCGAGGCUGGCAAGAGGCGGCCGCGGGCCGGGCUGCGUCGGGAAACGGCGGCCAGACUUCCCCGGGAAGGGGCGAGCGAGAGCCGGGCCGGGCCGGGCCGGGCCACGGGGCCGGGGAGCGCCGAGCCGGGCACCUCCUCACCGGGCAGCGACCGAGGAGCCCGGCCGCCCACCCCGUGCCGCCCGAGCCUGCAGCCGCCCGCCGGCCCCUCUGGGAUGUCCGUAGGACCCGGGCAUUCAGGACGGUAGCCGAGCGAGCCCGAGGAUGGGACGGCACCCGCAGCUCCGGCUCGUCAAGGCCCUUCUUCUUCUGGGGCUGAACCCCAUCUCUGCCUCCCUCCAGGACCAGCACUGCGAGAGCCUGUCCCUGACCAGCAACAUCUCAGGACUGCAGUGCAACGCAUCCGUGGACCUCAUUGGCACCUGCUGGCCCCGCAGCCCUGCAGGGCAGCUAGUGGUUCGGCCCUGCCCUGCCUUUUUCUAUGGUGUCCGCUACAACACCACAAACAAUGGCUACCGGGAGUGCCUGGCCAAUGGCAGCUGGGCCGCCCGCGUGAAUUACUCCGAGUGCCAGGAGAUCCUCAAUGAGGAGAAAAAAAGCAAGGUGCACUACCAUGUCGCAGUCAUCAUCAACUACCUGGGCCACUGUAUCUCCCUGGUGGCCCUCCUGGUGGCCUUUGUCCUCUUUCUGCGGCUCAGGAGCAUCCGGUGCCUGCGAAACAUCAUCCACUGGAACCUCAUCUCCGCCUUCAUCCUGCGCAAUGCCACCUGGUUCGUGGUCCAGCUAACCAUGAGCCCCGAGGUCCACCAGAGCAACGUGGGCUGGUGCAGGUUGGUGACAGCCGCCUACAACUACUUCCAUGUGACCAACUUCUUCUGGAUGUUCGGCGAGGGCUGCUACCUGCACACAGCCAUCGUGCUCACCUACUCCACCGACCGGCUGCGCAAGUGGAUGUUCAUCUGCAUCGGCUGGGGUGUGCCCUUCCCCAUCAUUGUGGCCUGGGCCAUUGGGAAGCUGUACUACGACAACGAGAAGUGCUGGUUUGGCAAAAGGCCUGGGGUGUACACCGACUACAUCUACCAGGGCCCCAUGAUCCUGGUCCUGCUGAUCAAUUUCAUCUUCCUUUUCAACAUCGUCCGCAUCCUCAUGACCAAGCUCCGGGCAUCCACCACGUCUGAGACCAUUCAGUACAGGAAGGCUGUGAAAGCCACUCUGGUGCUGCUGCCCCUCCUGGGCAUCACCUACAUGCUGUUCUUCGUCAAUCCCGGGGAGGAUGAGGUCUCCCGGGUCGUCUUCAUCUACUUCAACUCCUUCCUGGAAUCCUUCCAGGGCUUCUUUGUGUCUGUGUUCUACUGUUUCCUCAAUAGUGAGGUCCGUUCUGCCAUCCGGAAGAGGUGGCACCGGUGGCAGGACAAGCACUCGAUCCGCGCCCGAGUGGCCCGCGCCAUGUCCAUCCCCACCUCCCCCACCCGUGUCAGCUUUCACAGCAUCAAGCAGUCCACAGCAGUCUGAGCUGGCAGGUCAUGGAGCAGCCCCCAAAGAGCUGUGGCUGGGGGGAUGACGGCCAGGCUCCCUGACCACCCUGCCUGUGGAGGCGACCUGUUAGGUCUCAUGCCCAUUCCCCCAGGAGCAGCUGGCACUGACAGCCUGGGGGGCCGCUCUCCCCCUGCAGCCGUGCAGGACUCUAGCUCAUGAGUGGAAAGUCACCUACAGGACUGGGCCGGGCCCAGGGCCUCUGGCUUCCCUGCCCAAUCCUCCCUGGAGAAGGGACAUGGGAAUGAAUGGAAAUGGGGCACUGGACACCUACAGCAGCACGCGUGUCCCUCCAAGGCUGUCUUCUCCCAGAGCACAAGAAGGCCAGCCCACUGGGGCCUGGGGCUGCCCUCAGCAACUGUGGGGAGGCCAUUUGCUGCCCUGGGGCAUCAUGGGCAACUCGUGACAGCCUCUGACUCAGCACGAUGACGCCUCUGGACCUCGGUGAUGCCUUCCGACACCACUGGGAACCAAGGGCCCUCGCUCAGGAACCCUGGAGACAGAAGUCAGUUGUCAUCAUCAGACGUGCGGCCACAGCAUUAGAGUCACCCCCCCAGGCCUCCAGAACCUCAUUGGCACUGUGGCACUGCCACCAGCAAUGCCCUGCCUCGCUGCCUUCACCCCGAACAUUUACUACCCUGCAGGCCAGGCCAGCUUCCCUUCACUUAACCACCCCACACCAGUCACCUCCUGCUCCUUUUCCUCUUUUGUGAGAAGAUGGGGGCUGGAGGGGGCAGAGUGGCCUGUGAGCAAGAGCCAGGGGCAUCCCAGUCCCAGCCUCUGGGGUGGAGCUUGUAGGCCCGGAUGGCCUCUGGGGCAGGACCACUAGCUAAGCCAGCCAGGAGAAGACCCCUGCCCAAGUGGCUCUUGGGACAACAUGCUUCUUACACUCCAGGUGUGGACCGGCCGCAGCCCCCACCGACCUGCCCAUGUCCAGAGGGACUGGACAGCCAGGGCAGGGCUUUGGGGGGCACUAGAAGAUGAGGGUGUCGGCUGUGAGGCGGGUGGCUGGUAUAAAUAAUAUUUAUCUUUUCAACCAGCA